UAUAUUUCAGAACCAAAGCCUCUUAACCUUACGAGUGGCUACAGAACGUUGAAAGACUGGCUGGGAGACGGAUUACUCAUUUCCGGUGGCGACAAAUGGGCGCGAAACCGUCGUCUGCUCACACCAGCGUUCCAUUUCGAUAUUCUCAAACCGUACAUAGACGUUUACAAUGACUCAGCAAAUGUUUUGAUUGGGAAGCUAGGGAAGUUCGCAGAUGAAAAGAAGGAAUUUGAAAUAUUUCAGCAGAUUUGUUUAUGUACUCUUGACAUCAUCUUAAGAUGCGCCUUCUCGUAUGACAUUGAUGUUCAACGAAGCGGAGAAACACACCCUUAUGUACAAGCAGUGAGCGACUUAGCAAUAAACAACUCUCAGCGUCUCAGAAACCCACUGCUGGCACCAGAUAUCCUUUUCUACAGAACGAAAAUGGGUAAAAAGUACAAACAGGACUGUGAUUUUGUUCAUGGCGUAGCAGAAGACAUUAUCGAUAAAAGAAGGCGUGUUCUGGAGAAGCUUGGAGAGUCCAAGUCUAGAAAGUACCUGGAUUUUCUGGACAUUUUGCUCACAGCUAAAGACGAAAAUGGAACAGGGUUGUCGGACAUGGAUAUAAGAAACGAAGUGGAUACAUUCCUGUUUGAAGGUCACGAUACAACAGCGAGCGCCAUCUCGUGGAUUUUGUAUUCCCUAGCAAAACAUCCGGAAUACCAGCAGAAAUGUCAGGAAGAAAUUGAUGAUCUGUUACAAGGAAGAGAGACAGACGACUUCAAAUGGUCAGAUCUUCCGCAUCUAGAAUACCUAACAAUGUGCAUAAAGGAAGGUAUGCGGUUGCACUGUCCAGUGGCCAUAGUCGCUCGUAUAACAACAAAACCUUUUGAUCUCGGAGAUACAGUUGUACCAGCAGUCACAAAUGUGCAAAUUAACAUAUGGAUGUUACAUCACAACGAACACGUGUGGGGACCAGAUCAUAUGGAGUUUAAACCAGAAAGGUUUUCUAAAGAUAACGUAACAAAGAUGGACCCGUACCAGUUUGUGCCGUUCUCUGGGGGACCACGGAACUGUAUCGGACAGAACUUUGCCAUGAACGAGGAGAAAGAUGUUCUCGCAAAACUACUGCAUAAUUUCAAAUUUAGCCUAAAGCCAGAUCAUGAGGUGAAGUGGCGUUUGUCAGCUGUUAUGCGGGCCCAGGACAGCAUCUUGGCGAAUGUGGGACGCAGGAAACACUGAGUGUAGUUUCGUCUGAAGUUACUUUGUUCAUGGAAGAUAUUAUUUCAGCACUAGAUUUAAGCAGAUUCAUUUUUAUGAAGGCCAAGUUCAAAUUGCAAAGAAUUUGAGAACGUAUUCUUUAGUGUCAUAACACUGUGACUCCAUUGUGUUUAAAAUACACGUAUCUCAAUAUAUGUUGUCUCGAUCUCCAUAAACAUAAUUGUACGAAUGAAAAUAAAAAAAAACUAAUACUUUUACGAGACGUCGUCGUAUAUUAAGGAAUCACAUAUUUCGCAGAUGGUUCUUUUAACGUGGCAAUGCUCAUUAUAUAUUCUGCAAAUGAAGCCUGAAUCUGCGUUAUGGCAGAUUAUCAAAGAACCAAUGGAACGCGUUUUAACCUGUGAUAUGAGAAUUAUUUAGACAAGCAUCGCUUGACAAAACUGUGUUUACAUUUAUAGAUUCUGCAAUUUACUAUACUCAGAUUUUCUUUGCAUGUGUAUGAGUGACGUAAAAAGUAGAUGUUGUAAUUGUUGUUGUUUUUUUAACUUUUUUUCAAAACAAGAAUUUAAAGAUAUGAAGUCUGUAUUAUAUGUCUUUCAUUUUUUUACAGUUAUUUUCAUGUAAUGAAUAUCGAAAUAAAUGUUUUAAGUAAUGUAUAUGUGUAAUAUGGAACAAUAAAAUGGUACGAAUCAAA